AUGUCAGCUUUCAAAAAUGCCACAUACUCGUCCAUUAUUUUCCUGCUGACUGGUGUUCCUGGGCUGGAAGCAUUCCACACCUGGAUCUCUGCUCCCUUCUGCUUUCUCUAUGUAAUCGCUCUCUCAGGAAACAGCCUGAUUCUCUAUGCCAUUGUCACCCAGCCCAGCCUUCAUGAACCUAUGUAUUAUUUCCUCUCCAUGCUGUCCACCACUGACCUUGGCUUGUCCGUAUCCACUCUGGUCACCAUGUUGGGGAUAUUCUGGUUCAAUGCCAGGGAGAUCAGCUUUAAUGCCUGCUUGUCACAGAUGUUUUUUAUUCAACUCUUCACUGUCAUGGAAUCUUCAGUGCUGUUGGCCAUGGCCUUUGAUCGAUUUGUGGCCAUUUCUAAUCCUCUUAGAUAUGCCUCUAUCUUAACUGAUCUUAAAAUAGCACAGACUGCAGUAGCAAUCAUCACCAGGGGGACACUAAUACUGACUCCUAUGGUGGUGCUUCUUAGACUGUCCUUCUGCCGCUGUCACGUGCUCCACCACUCCUACUGCUUCCACCCCGAUGUGAUGAAGCUCUCGUGCACAGACACCAGGAUCAAUAGUGCAGUUGGACUGACAGCCCUGAUCACCACUGCUGGGGUGGACUCAAUCUUCAUUAUUGUUUCUUAUCUUUUGAUUAUCAAGAUUGUCCUCAGCAUCGCAUCCCCAGAAGAGAGGAAGAAGGGCUUCAGCACGUGCAUCUCCCAUAUUGGGGCUGUUGCGGUUUUCUAUAUUCCAUUGAUCAGUCUGUCCUUUGUUCACAGAUUUGGGAAAUGGGCCCCACCUUAUGUACACACUCUGAUUGCAAAUGCCUACCUGCUGAUCCCCCCUAUAAUGAGCCCCAUCAUCUAUAGUGUGAAGACCAAACAGAUAUGCAAAGCUGUGAUAAAAAUUCUCCAUCCCAGUGCAACAAAGAACUAG